UCCGCUAAGCAAAACCCGGAUUAGUCUCAAAUAGGAAAUUGACGACAAUUUCCCUCCAAAACUGGGAUUUAUGACACAAAAUAAAACUGUGGUUGGAGGAGAACUGAUGUAUGAGGGGAGGAGGGUCAAAAUAGUGAAAAACUAUAUAAGAAUGUCAAAUCACUUUAUGACGAUUUGGAUUGAACUGAAUUGACUUUUAACUAUAUACUUUUCAAGUUUCUCAAUUCCUAUUAACUUAUUUAUUCAUUAUUAUGACUGCUACAGUUUUCGUAUCUGGUGCAACUGGGUUUAUUGCUCAACAUGUUGUUAAAUUAUUAAUCACUAAAGGUUAUACCGUGAUUGGAUCAGUUAGAUCAAGUGCUAAAGGUGAUCAUUUAAAGAAAUUGUUAAACACCGAUAAGUUCUCAUAUGAAAUCGUGGAAGAUAUUGAAAAAGCUGGUGCUUUUGAUAAAGCUUUAGAAGCUAAUCCUCAAGUUAGUGUAUUUUUACAUACUGCUUCUCCAUUCCAUUUUAAAGCCGUUGAUUUUGAAAAGGAAUUAUUAUUACCUGCUGUCAAUGGUACUAAGAAUGCUUUGAAAGCAAUCCAAUUACAUGGUAAGAAUGUUAAACAUGUGGUUAUUACUUCAUCGUAUGCUGCUGUUGCCACAGCUUCUAAAGAAAUUGAUAAUACUCAUACUAUUACUGAAGCUUCAUGGAAUGAAAUUAGUUGGGAUCAAGCUUUAAAUGAUCCGGUUUCUGCUUAUAGAGGUUCAAAAACAUUUGCUGAAAAGGCAGCAUGGGAAUUUGUUGAAGUUGAAAAACCAGAUUUCACUCUUGCUAUUGUUAAUCCAAGUUAUGUAUUUGGUCCUCAAGCUUUUGAUAGUGAGGUUAAAGAUUCCUUAAAUACUUCAUCUGAAGUCAUAAACGCUAUUGUUAAGAAUGGGGCUGAUGGUGCUAUUCCAGCAGCAAAAGGAGGUUUUGUUGAUGUUAGAGAUGUCGCUAAAGCUCAUUUGAUUGGAUUUGAAAGUAAAGAAGCAGUUAAUCAAAGAUUGAUGCUUAAUUCAGGUAGAUUUUCAGGACAAGAUAUUGUUGAUAUUUUAAAUGAAUCAUUCCCAUCUUUAAAAGGAAAAAUCCCUGUUGGUCAACCAGGUCAUGGUAAAGAAAUCAUUAGUAAUUUAGCUAAAGUUGAUAAUUCAAAGACUAAGAAAAUUUUAGGAUUUGAAUUAAUUGAUUUAAAGACUACCGUAGUUGAUUCCGUAAAACAAAUUUUAGACUCUAAAAAAUAAAUUUUGAAUCGUAGUUGAUUAUUAGUUACAGUUUAUAUAUCAAUAGAUAAUAUAUAAUCCUUCCUAUUUAGAUCAUUGCCGUGAGUUUACUAAUUACGUAUAUCGUAAAUAGAAAUGGAAACCUCUUCUACGGCUUACUACUUUGUGUCACAUCCGAAAAAAAGAAAAAUUUGUUUUUUGGGGUGGGUGAUUCACCCAUCUUUAAAUUGAUUAGAAAUUAC